CACUCAACAUGGCGGCCGUCCGGGCUGGCUCCAUUGGCGUCUUCCGGUUUUUAAGUUCGCCACAGUGUUCAAAUGGAGGCGGUGGCGGUGGCUUCUCGCAGACUCUGGGGCCUGCUGACCCGGCGGUUUUUGACCCCACCCAGUCAAGGUCUGACGUUUAGCCUUCACCCCGUGAGCUACCCUGGGCAAGAUGAAGUCCCCAGAGCAGCCCCCGUCGAGGCGCCUGGCCACAGCUAUCAGUUUCUUCGUGUGACAUCUGGCCCAGAACACAUUCUGCACAUGCAGAUCAACCGGCAGAAGACGAACGCCCUGAGGAAGGCCUUCUGGGGGGAGAUGGUAGAGUGCUUCAACAAGAUAUCAGAGAAUGCCGACUGUUGUGCUGUGGUGAUUUCUGGUGAAGGAGAAAUGUUCACUUCAGGUAUCGACCUCACCGACAUGGCUUCAGGGCUCCUGCAGCCCCCGGGAGACGACGUGGCCCGCAAAAGCUGGUACUUGCGAAACAUCAUCACCAGGUACCAGGAGACCUUCAGCGUCAUCGAGAAGUGCCCCAAGCCCGUCAUCGCAGCCAUCCAUGGGGGCUGCAUUGGCGCAGGCGUGGACCUCAUCACCGCCUGUGACAUCCGUUACUGUGCCCAGGACGCGUUCUUCCAGGUGAAGGUGGACAUGGGUGUGGCAUCUGACGUGGGAACACUGCAGCGUCUGCCCCGGGUCAUUGGGAGCCAGAUCCUGGUCAACGAGCUGGCCUUCACCGCCAGGAAGCUGAUGGCUGACGAGGCCCUGAGCAGUGGGCUGGUCAGUCGGGUGUUCCCAGACAAGGAGGCCUUGCUUGACGCAGCCUUCUCCCUAGCAGCGGAGAUUUCCAGCAAGAGCCCCGUGGCGGUGCAGGGCACUAAAGUCAACCUGCUCUAUGCCCGUGACCGUCUGGUGGCUGACAGCCUCAACUUCGUGCGCAACUGGAACAUGAACAUGCUGCAAACCGAUGACAUCGUGAAGUCUGUCCAGGCCGCGAUGGAGAAGAAGGAACUGAAAAGCGUCACCUUCUCCAAGCUCUGA